GUCCAUCAGGUGGGCUUUCUUGGGCGAGGUUGUCGAGGAUGAGUACUGUACGGCCCAGGCUGUGAUGAAGCAGAUCGGGAAUGAUGGUGUCGAUGUACUUGUCCUUCAGCCUGGUUCACCAUCGCGAUUGCACUGUUGACAUUCUUCCAAGCCAUUUAUCAAGACUGGUUUGGGAUGCAAUACGCAAAGAUAUUUGCAAGAGUGUCGAUUUGCUUCAUCGCCUUGUUCAUCACUUUGAUGGUGUCGAUUCCUGCUUCUACUCACCAUCCAUAUUAUGGCAAUACAGGGAUGUGGUGUUGGAUUGUUAAGGGCGGGGGCAACGGAAUACUGCGAAUCGGAAGUGAAUAUGCCUGGAUGUGGCUUGCCAUCUUAGUCACGAUGCUCACGUAUGGCACGAUUGCAUACAAGUGGCAACGUCAGGCGUCUCUUAACUUCGACUACCCUGAUAUGAAGCGAAAGGCCAUUGCUAUGGGAUGGUACCCUGUUGUUUAUUUCAUUGUCGUCACACCCCAAUCCAUCAUUCGUUUCCAUUAGUUCCAGGCAUCUCGCCCGAUAGGACAUGGUUGGACGG